CGUCACCAGCACGCAUUGACUUUUCUGGAGAGCAGGAAACGGCAGAUAACACCACAGUGACUUCUCCGCCGACCGGGAGAGGGACGGCUUCCAUCGACCAGGGUUUCGGGAAAACUGAGAUUCAAACGCUGUCCUAUGCUGGAUUUAAUUAUUUCAAAGUGGGCGAAACCAAAAUGAUCGCGGAUAACUACAGGUUUUCGCGGUGGAUCUUGUAUUUAGGACACAGAUAAGUUUUCCUGGUCUCCGGGAGCUCCAAAUUUUCUCCUGGAUCUAGCAGUCUGCUUUUAUUUUGCUCCGCUCUACUUGGUGACGCGGCUCAACAGCAAAGAAGUGAUCUGGAAGAAAUACAUUUGGAUGUUUACUUUUCACAACGUUGCCUUGAGUACUUAUUAACUCGUCUGGUGGUCCACUUUAGGUGCCUUACUUGUUUCCGCACCAGAAUAUUGUUGAGUAUCCCCUCGCCAUCAAAUGAGUUGGCUAAUGUUAGCUUGUUAGCGUCAUCGCUAGCCUUGUUUAGCUCUUUAGCUUGGUAGCUAGCUGGCUUACCAAGUGAGCCAGCUUGCUAGUUAGUGGGGCACGGGGUUUAGCGAAAUCUAAGUUUAAAUACAUGGUUACAGAGCUUUAAUUCUUGCCAUAAUUGUUUGACAGAAAAUACGGCAUCAGGACUACAAUGGCAAGCAGUAUUAGAAGUUGAUAUAUGUCACACACAAUUGCCAGCACAGCAAAACCAUGCAAUACAUCCAAAUAUCCAGAUAGCAAGCUAGCACUUGAUUCAGAUAAUUGUCCAAUGUUGGUGUGGUUUAUGAGGCCUCUGGAUUUUCUUCCUUCCUGUGGCGAAAAUUUCAUAGACCGAUUUUUUUCUCAGUUGAUGGAUUUUAUGAUUUUUGAUGGCUUUGAGGAUUAUUACAACUUCACCGUUAUAUCCGAGGGCAAAACAACUGUAGGAUAACCGGUGUCAGAUUACAUUUCAGAUAACAAACUGUUCCUGAAAACAAAAGAAAAGUGGACUUGACGGAAAUCUAAACUGUGCGAAGAUGAUGUGCGAGGUGAUGCCCACUAUCAGUGAGGCAGAGGUGGGCCAUGGGAAUGGCAAUGGCAGGGGGUCCGGAUCCCCGCUGCAGUCAGACUCCGAGGGCCACUUUGAGUCACUGAUGGUGUCCAUGCUGGAGGAGAGGGACCGGCUUCUGGAAACCCUGAGGGAGACCCAGGAGAACUUAGGCCUGACCCAGAGCAAGCUGCAUGAAGUCAGCCACGAGCGGGACUCCCUCCAGAGGCAGCUCAACUCUGCUCUGCCCCAGGAGUUUGCAGCGCUGACCAAGGAGGUGAACAUGUGCCGCGAGCAGCUCCUCGAGAGGGAGGAGGAGAUCGCCGAGCUGAAGGCUGAGCGCAACAAUACACGGUUGUUGCUGGAGCAUCUGGAGUGUCUGGUGUCUCGACACGAGCGCUCUCUGAGGAUGACUGUGGUGAAGAGGCAGGCGCAGUCUCCAGCUGGCGUGUCCAGUGAGGUGGAGGUGCUCAAGGCCCUCAAAUCUCUAUUUGAGCACCACAAAGCCCUGGACGAGAAGGUUAGGGAGAGGCUCCGGGUAGCACUUGAGCGGUGUAGUGCCUUGGAGGAACAGCUGACAAAUACUAACAAGGAGAUCCACUUCCUCCGCGAGCAGAACAAUCAGAAAAAGGUGCUGCUCGACGGCAUGACAGAAAUCAACCACAACUCCGAGAGCAUGCCCAGCACAAAUGGCAAGCGCUCUUCGGACGGCUCGGAGGAGGACGUUGGGAGGGUGAUGGAGCUGCAGGAGCUCCUGGACCGUCAGAGCAAGGAGGUGCAGCAGAUGAAGGAGCGCAUCGUGUGCCUGACGGGCCGCGUGGCCGAGCUGGAGGAGGACCUGGACACGGCCCGCAAGGACCUCAUCAAGUCCGAGGACAUGAGCACGCGUCUGCAGAGGGACAUCCGAGAGUCCAUGGCCCAGAAGGAGGACAUGGAGGAGCGCAUCACCACGCUGGAGAAGCGCUACCUGGCCGCUCAGAGGGAGGCCACAUCGGUGCAUGACCUCAACGACAAGCUGGAGAAUGAGAUUGCCAACAAGGAAUCCCUCUUCCGCCAGACGGAGGAUAAGAAUCGGCAGCUGCAGGAGCGUCUAGAGCUGGCCGAGCAGAAACUCCAGCAGACCAUCAGGAAGGCGGAGACGCUGCCAGAGGUGGAGGCGGAGCUAGCACAGAGAGUGGCUGCUCUCACCAAGUCUGACUCUAAGGACUCAAAGGACACUAAAGCUCAGAGGAAGGCGGAGGAACGCCAUGGCAACGUGGAGGAGCGGCUGAAACAGUUGGAAGCACAGCUGGAAGAGAAGAACCAGGAGCUGCUCAGGGCUCGCCAGCGAGAGAAGAUGAAUGAAGAGCACAACAAGCGUCUGUCGGAGACAGUGGACAAGCUGCUGUCGGAGUCCAACGAGAGGCUACAGCUCCACCUAAAGGAGAGGAUGUCUGCUCUGGAGGAGAAGAACACCCUCAUUCGUGAUCUGGAGCACACCAAGAAGCUGAUUGAGGAAGCUCACCAUGAAAAGGAGCAGCUUCUGAUCCAGAUUGAGACCAUGAGGGCUGAGAACGAACAGGGCCGCAGCCGGAGUAACUCCUUGUUGCAUGGGCGGUCUCAUUUGGGCAGCACCCCAGACUUCAGGUACCCAGUGUCGGCGUCCUCCAUGAUGGACAGCCACUCUGACCACUACAACAGUGCACUCGUGCUACGGCGACCCCAGAAAGGGCGAGUGGCUGCCCUGCGAGAUGAACCCUCCAAGAGGCAUGUCCAGACGCUUAAUGAACAGGAGUGGGAGCGCGUGCAGCAGGCCAACGUGCUGGCCAACGUGGCGCACGCCUUCGAGAGUGACAUGGACGUGUCCGACCUGGAGGACGACCGCGAGACCAUCUUCAGCUCGGUGGACCUGCUGUCCCCUGCCGGACAGGCCGACGCCCAGACACUCGCCCUCAUGCUGCAGGAGCAGCUGGAUGCUAUCAACAAUGAGAUCAGGAUGAUCCAGGAGGAGAAGGAGAACACUGCGCAGCGGGCCGAGGAGAUCGAGUCUCGGGUGGGCAGCGGGGAGAGCCUGGGUGGCCGUUUCCGCUCUAUGAGCUCGCUCCAGCCCUCCCUGCUGGCCCCUGGCCAUGCCGGCUCCUCCCCGCCCGGCUCGGGCCACUCCACGCCCCGCAGGGCCCCACGCAGCCCCAACCGGGAGGUGGACCGCAUGGGGGUCAUGACGCUGCCUAGCGACUUGCGGAAGCACCGCAGGAAGUCUGAGCAGGACGACAAAGCCACCAUCAGGUGUGAAACAUCUCCGCCCACCACCCCGCGCUCCAUGCGUCUCCACAAAGGGGCCAUCCACGCCGCCAGUCACGAGGACAUCCGAGACAUCCGAGGUAUCGCUGGACUGCAGGACGGUCAGGGCAGCGACCCUAGCAGCAGUAACAGCAGCCAGGACUCGCUCAACAAGGCUGCCAAGAAGAAGAGCAUCAAGUCCUCCAUCGGGCGUCUGUUCGGCAAGAAGGAGAAGGGUCGGCCCAGUCCUUCCAGCAAAGACUCCAGCCUGGCCGGGACCCCAGAGGGAGAGGGCUCUCCAGAUGGACUGGGGAUCAGCAAGCUGGGCGGCCCAUCGGAGAAGAACAGGAAGAUGCAGAAGAAUCCCAAAACAGGGCAUGAGCUCCUGGAGGAAGCUCGUCGGCUGGGCCUGCCCUUUGCCCAGUGGGAUGGGCCCACGGUAGUGGUCUGGCUGGAGUUGUGGGUCGGGAUGCCCGCCUGGUAUGUGGCGGCGUGCCGUGCCAACGUGAAGAGUGGCGCCAUCAUGUCCGCGCUGUCCGACACGGAGAUCCAGCGGGAGAUCGGCAUCAGCAACCCGCUGCACCGCCUCAAGCUGCGGCUCGCCAUCCAGGAGAUCAUGUCCCUCACCAGCCCCUCUGCCCCGCCCACCUCCAGAACGUCCACGGGAAACGUGUGGGUGACGCAUGAAGAGAUGGAGAGCCUGGCGGCCACGCCUCCCACGGAGGAUGACGAGGGCACCUGGGCCCAGACUCUGGCGUACGGCGACAUGAAUCACGAGUGGAUCGGCAAUGAGUGGCUGCCCAGCCUGGGCCUGCCCCAGUACCGCAGCUACUUCAUGGAGUCCCUGGUGGACGCACGCAUGCUGGACCACCUGACCAAGAAGGACCUCCGGGGACAGCUCAAGAUGGUGGACAGCUUCCACAGGAACAGCUUCCAGUGUGGGGUGAUGUCCUUGAGGCGGCUCAACUACGACCGGAAAGAGCUGGAGAGGCGACGAGAGGAUGCUCAGCUAGAGAUCAAAGCCGUGCUGGUGUGGAGUACUGAGCGUGUCGUGUCUGGUCUGUGUGUGUGUGUUUCAGACGUGCUAGUGUGGAGUAAUGAGCGGGUGAUCAGCUGGGUGCAGGCCAUCGGGCUGAAGGAGUACGCCAACAACCUGCUGGAGAUCGGAAUCCACGGUGCGCUCCUCGCCCUGGACGAGACCUUCGACCACAACACCAUGGCCCUGCUGCUUCAGAUCCCCACGCAAAACACACAGGCCCGAACUAUGCUGGAGCGAGAGUACAACAGUCUACUGGCUGUGGGGACGGACAGGAAGAUGGAGGAGGACGACGACAAGAACUUCCGGCGGGCCCCCUCCUGGAGGAAGAAGUUCCGUCCCAAAGACGUCAGGGGCAUGAACAUCGGCGCGGCCGACACCCUCCCCGCCAACUUCAGGAUGACCAACAGCAGCGCCUCCUCCCCCGCCAUGCAGCCAAAGAAUCUCCAGAUGGACGGUACGUGCGGGCCAGAUGAGGAGGCGUCAGAGGAGGAGGAGGGGGGAGCGCAGAGGCUGGACUCUGCCACGAUCAGGACCUACUCGUGCUAACCAGAACUGUGAGCCCGGCGCAGUCUGACUGGCACCAUGUUUAUGCUCAUUAUCUCUAUAGGUGAUGAUCUUGCCGAAGAGGUGGACCUCUCACCGAGCUGAGCUCUAAAUGGACGAGGACUCUAAGAUACUAUAUCAUGGAAGAUCGCAUUUGCAAAUCUCCCCCGAUAGCCUGGAGAACAUAUUUUAGAUGUAAUGAUUAUUAUAUUUAUCUAAACCAAUGGGACAUUUCAUUUAUGUAGUUCUGUUCUGUUUGUCUGUAAAAAUAUAUAUUUUUGUUUGCCCCCCCCCCCCCCCACACACACACACGUCAUUUCUCCUGUUCUUUGUCUUUAUCAUGCUUAACUCUUUCAGAUGUAACUGAAUGUAUCAUGAGUCUGAAGUUUGUAUAUUUAUCUUACAAACGUUAUCUAAUCUUUUUAUUCUCACCUUGUUAUCAACCAGAUGUACUUUUUUCCCCUCUCUGCCCGUCUUUGUUUUUAAUCAAACUUAAGCUCAAGUGACUUUAUCGUGUGAUUUUAACUUAAUUUUUGUCACCCUUUUAGUUGUUAUGGAGCUUAUUGAUGUUGGAUCAUUUCUGUUGUUUGGUCUUUAAAUGCGGCUCUUUAGGUCAACUGUAUUAUGUGAAUAUCAGAACAGGUGCAAACCAUAGACUGAAACUUCCUCCUCAAACUGAUGAAAUGUGGAUGCUUGACAGUGGAGCAUGACACAGACCCUGCCCCUUUACUCCUAUGAACCCUGUGGGACAUUCAUGUGAAACGGUUCGUCCCCCUCUUUCUACUUUUCCUGCUAAACCAAAACGGAACUCUUGAAUAAGCCAUAAACGGUAGCGACAAUGAGGGCUACUUUUUUUUCGGAGGCAUCCUUUUUUUGGACAGAGGUGUUCCUGCCGAAAAAGCCAGGUUAUCCGGUGAUCCUUGUGUGCUGAAACUCUUCAUUCCUACACUCUCCCUCUGCACAAGAGACACGUGCAAAGGCAAAAGCAUUGGUAUGAGUGCGCCCGUGUGUGUGUGGUGUGUGUGUGUGUGUGUGUGUGUGUGUGUGUGUGUGUGUGCGCUGUGCUGAAUGCUUCUCUGACAGGACCAACCCCACUGUGGCCUCAACUCAAACCACGUGCUCCACUCUCCAAAAGAGGGCUGCAUGACCCCACCAUCUUUAACCCGCUUUACUCAUCCUUUAAUCAAGCCUUAUUGUUCUCUGUAUCUCUCUUCUCUUGUUUGUGUUCUUUUUUUUCUAUUCACUCUCCAUCCUUAUGUGUGCUUUUUUCCUGUCAUCUUGUAGACCUAUUUAGAAGUUGCCAUUUGUUUUUGCUCUUUCUCUUUUGGAUCAUCUUAAAGGCUGGAUGAUUUUUGUUUUCCGACAAGGAAGUUAAUAUUGUGAUAAGGUCCCUCUGAACUUCUAUGAGCAAAUAAUGUAGAGGAACUGAAGCUAUCCCUUACCCUCCCAGAAAGUGCUGACAUGUUGGUAGUUUUGUCAUUGUUAUUUGUGCUUUAGGCAUUUAUGCACACUUCAAAUCAUGUUAGUGUCCUGUUUUUAAAUUGUCUCCCAUAUCACGGUUUAAAAAUCUCUUGUAACAGAAAUGAUGUACAGUCUGAGUACUUAUGAACUAUUUUUAUCACAGUAUUAUUUAUUGCUUCCUUUCAAUAAAAUACUGAAACUUAUUUUCCACUGCCAAUAAAAAGACUAAGUCUUUGUGUUAAAAACAA